AAACGUUACCAUUCCACGCUGUAAAUUGUUUAAUAAUUGCGCCAACAAUGCAUAUACCUGGCAUCUUAUCUUUUUACAUACUUCUUUGCGAUAAAAAACAUUAUCCCGUAAUCUGACUUCAAAGUCCAUUUAACGCUACAAAGGCUUCAUAACAUUUUCUAGCCUCCUUCUUUCGUAUAAAAAAAAAGAUAGAAAGAGUUAAAUUUUUGUAUCAAGUUAUAUAAACUAAUGGAUGUAUCGGAUAGGUCAAAGGUUGAUAUUAAAUAAUAUAUUUCGACAGGGGGCAAGUAAACUUCUGCUUUCCAAUAACGCGAUAAUGUUGACAGUGCGUCAGAAUGACGUGUACUCUUAUUUGCUCCCGAGGAAGCUUCGCUGCGAUCUCUCUCUCGCUAUCUUCAUUUUUUUCCCACGGCUGUUAGGACCUAGGACGAACGAACUCAUUACGCCAGCUGCUCGCAUCUCUAACCUCGGUAUAGCACACUCGUGCGCGCUCGGGACUCUUCGCCGCUUCUCGCGGCGCUCGGCAUGCAGCAUCAAGCUAUAUCUCGAUGAACUCUUAAUCCCCCCCCGAUCUAACCUAGCAAAAUACCGCGGAAACAUGGUACGGCCGCUCGCGUGUCGCCGCCCCGCAGUGUCACUUGUAUCUGGAACAAUCUCGGCGGCUCGGCUGUAGCAACUAAAUGCACUUUUUUUUUUCCUCCCUCUCGGUGGUAGAGUAAUAAGAAGACGAGAUACUCGGGACAACGGGAGCCGUCGGCCGAUGGACAUUGGCACGUGAUUUUUUUUCUCGCCACGCACCACCCUCCGACACAGCCCGCUAACGUCGAUCGUCGACGGUAGAUUUUACAAUUCAUUCGACGGUAGCCGAGCGUAAGACGAGCAACGCAAAAAGCCGCCUGCCACAAGGCGAGAAUACAAUUGUGGGAGGAGGAGUUGCACUCUGAAACGUUCACCGAGGAACGUACCGACUACGUUUGUUAAUUGCAAAAGAGAUUUUCAAGACGAGUGCGUUUAAAGAAUCUUCCUGUAACGACAAGAAAAAUGGCGGGCACUUACACGAAGAAAGAUUUCGGUGCGGGGCCUGAGGAGCAGACCCUGCUGAAGGAUUCUAAUGGGACCCGCAUUGUACCUGCGAAAGGUUGCGAACCUGUACGUCUUUCACCGGGUUGGGAAGGCACGGGUAGACCCGAUGACGAACUGAAUUUCAAAGGUGUUACAAUGGAUCAAGCGGACCUUGAAUUGAAUCCUCCUAGAGAUAGGCUAAAUUUAGUAUUUUUCAUAUUGAUACUUCAUGGAAUCGGUGCCUUGAUGCCAUGGAAUAUGUUCAUAACAGCUAAAGAUUAUUUUGUCAGUUACAAAUUGUCCAAGGAGUACACCGGUGUAGAUACGAAUUAUGCGACAAAUUUUCUCGCGUAUCUGGGAUCUGCAGCACAAGUACCGAACUUCCUGUUUAACUGGUUGAACGUAUUUUUACAAUUUGGAGGCAAUUUGACAACGCGCAUAGUGUGGAGCAUUUUUGUGCUGGUCCUGGUAUUCGUUUUUACUGUCGUCUUAGCAAUGACCGACAGUUCCGGUUGGCCCGGAAUUUUCUUCUGGAUCACUAUGGUAUCUGUUGUUAUAGUAAACACUGCCAAUGGCAUUUACCAAAAUUCGGUGUUUGGAAUGGCGGCGAAAUUGCCCAGCAAGUAUACGGGCGCCGUUGUGUUGGGUUCGAACAUCAGCGGAACUUUUACCGCUAUAAUAAGCUUCCUUGCUCAAGUGAUGGCACCGAACGCGCGCACCGCCGCCAUCUAUUACUUCAUUACAGCCUUGUUCAUUCUCUUGGCUUGCUUCGACACAUACUUCGCACUCCCGAUCAACAGAUUUUAUCGAUACCACGAGCUACUUCAUCAGAAAGAGGCGAACAAAAGGCAGCUGGAAAAUAGUAGCAGAGGAAUUACUCAGAGACCGCCGUACUGGUCGGUCUUCAAAGCGUGUUUCCCACAACUAUUUAACACAUUUUUGAUCUUUUUCGUGACCCUGGCUCUUUUCCCAUCGGUUCAGUCUGACAUUCGACUCUCGGAUAAAGACUUCUUCGUUCCCACCGAGUAUUACAGCAGCGUCAUGUGCUUCUUAACAUUUAAUAUUACCGCCAUGCUUGGAAGCACCAUUGCAUCACUAGUCCAAUGGCCCAGCAAGAAGUAUCUGAUUAUCCCGGUGGUCCUGCGACUCGCCUACCUGCCGUUGUUCUUACUGUGCAAAUAUGAGCCUGUUAAGACGGAGAGAAUAUUACCGAUACUCAUCGAUAAUGAUUGGAUCUACUGGGUCAUUGCCAUGACUAUGGGUCUCAGUAGCGGCUACUUGUCGUCAUUAUCGAUGAUGUAUUGCCCCAGGAUGGUGGACUCGCAGCACGCAUCGACGGCUGGCAUGUUCGGUGCGGCUUCCCUGAUCACGGGAAUCUUCACGGGUGUUCUGUUCUCUAUGGUGAUGCCGAGUAUCGUGGCAAACCUGACGUUCUGAUCAUUUUAAAGCGCGUUGAUUGACAUUUUCACUCAGGAGCUAGGAAAAGAAAGAGGUUUGCAAGAGGUUUAAGAGUACACGAUCUGCCCCCCGCAUAGUUCGCGCAACUUGACGAGACAACGUAAAUAAAUAAUUCGCGAACUCGUGCGGAGCGAGAUUUUCGACGUUCAGAGAACGAGGGAGAAGGAAACGAGGCUUCGGGAAAACGGAGGCUUCCUUGUAUCGAUUCAGAGGAAUAUCCAUCUCCUUGCAUAUACGUUAAACAUAUACAUCCAUAUAUCUAUCGUACAAAGAACUUUUUUUAAAUAAAAGACUAUAACGAGUUUCUAAUUAAGUAAACAACCAUUCAAGGUAAUGCGUGUUUUUUUUAUAAGUACUGACUUGAAACUAACUAAUUAUUGAUUAAUGACUCUUUGAUGUUGGUAUGAGACAACAUAGAACGAUAAUAUAAUAAUACGUAUUGAAGUAAGCUAAUGCGUUAAAAAAAACCAUGCAAAGUGCAUUAAUAACUAGAAAUGAUCAUUUCGCAGCAGAGAGAGGUAUAGGGAGAACGUCAGAAACCAUGGUUUUAGAGAAGCUAAUCCCGUUAUAUCACUUACUGCCCCAAUGAAUAAAACCGGACCAAUAAGCCUUAAUAAGAGAAAGAAACAAAUGAAAGAAUGACACGUUCUUUUUUGCAAUGUUUGAAUAGAAACGCUGCAAAUAUUGAAUCUUAUAUAUAAAUCUGUGUAAAUUUUGUCAUGCAUUUAGCGCUGGACGCAACCGUUUCGUUCAUUAAGAUCCAGGUAUUCAAUGCGAGGACAAUAUAACACCGUCUUUAGACGUUUAGCGCUAAAUUCGUGGCAAAGAUAUGCCUUCUGAUAGAUAAGCAUUACAUUUUUAAAUAGAAUUUACGCGCUAACGUUGGAUUUUCCUGGACGAAGAGGUGAUAAUUAAUUUCUGAGUUGAUGAGAAUACGUAAGAAACCGGGGGCUUGAUUAAUGAUCAGAACAUCUUGUUUCGAACAUUUUUAUGCGCGCAUGGUUAUUAAAGUUAAUGGCCAACAAAAUGAGAUUUGUCUAUCGGCUUACAUUUAUUUACAUCUUUGAUCAACAGGGUAUUAUUGCAGAAUCCAAUGUAAGUCUCGUAAUAAGCUGCAUGUUAUAUUUAGCAUUACAGUUUUAUUCUAUAAUUACGAGGUUGUGUUAUUAAAUACUUUUUAAUAUUAUUUAGCAUUUUAUUUAACAUUUUUACUGUGUAACACAUACAUCUAUACAUAUGUACAUGUAUAUACACAUACACGCACGACGUUUCAGAGUAAAAGAUUUCAUAUUUUUCGACAUCAUGAUUGUUCGUGAGAAAGACAUUUUACGAUACUUCCAAUAAAUUUAAAUUAAUUAAGUUUUCGUCGCAAGGAUAAUUUUUAUCACGAUAUUGUCAUAAGUUUUCCGUUUUACAAUGCUUCAAAUUGUCUGCGUUUUGGAAAAUGCAGGAGAGUCAAGACUGUUGGCCAUUCGAUCGAUACUAGUCCCUUCACUUUUUUUUGACAACGAGCGCUUUGCUUUAUUUGUGUGAGAGAGAGAGAGAGAGAGAGAGACAGACAGACAGACAGAGAGAAAACUACAGUUUUAGCAAUUGAAAAUAAUUACAGUUUCUGGGCUUCAUGAUUGUAUCUCAUACAAUUAUUAGGUAAUUGUGUUUUUCCCUUUUUUACCACAUGUAUGUUCACAUUAUUUGAUGACAGAUAUAAAUAUAUGAGGAGCUCUGAUUCUGUACAUGUUUUGAGCGAUUCUACGAUAUUCACAACAGAAUCUCAGCAUUUACAAAUUCUGUAACUUUAUCAUUGUUUAUCUUCGUUUUAACAUUUUAUUCAAAUUUAAUAUUAAGCACUUUUAAAAUUAUUGUUAAGUUUUACGUUGUGGAAGUUUUCAGUUUUCUCAGAUUUGCAUGCGAGAAAACAUGUGUUUUCUACAAUUAUACCAUUAUAAUUAUAACAUGUAUCACAAUAUUGUAAUUGUUAAUUACGUCUCAUUUAUUUCGCUCGGAACGUUUUCUUGUAAUUUUGUAAUUUUAUAAUUUUAAUAUCUUAAUACGUAUACGAAUAUGGAAUAUUCAGCAACAAUUCAUAUUUUGUUUUUAUUUGAUUACAUCUGCAUAUGAUUAUACUGAAAUGUAAACUCUAAUUUAUCCAUUAUCUCUAUCAAACUUACCGUGUACAAUGGUAAUCAGUCCAAUUAAUAAUCAUCUUUCAUCGAUUCUCAUCGAAGUAAGCCUUCAUUAAUCGAUAUAAACGUAACAAGUUGCACAAACGUAUCUGAAAGAGGAAGACUUUCUCGUUUGUAAUACAGUGUGAUUCUGAAAAAACUUUAAUAAACAUUAUUUCAUAUUAAAUAUUAUUUAAUCUAAUUUACAAGGUCUGAUUUGAUUAUGUUAAUCUAUUAAAUCUAAUUAAUAAUUGAUAAUAACGGUCCGCUAAUGAAUAGACUCAAUUUUAACUGGAUUUAAUGGAUUAUUAUAAAAUAAAAAGUUGCUUUUAAGAGGAUGCAUAAAAUAUAAUUGUCUGGAAUCAUCUGCGUUGCAAACAAGAAAGUGUUUUUCCAUUAAUUACCAAGAAAGAUACUUGAUGAGGAAGAGACUUUUCAAUCGUUAUCUUGUCAGACUGACAAAUAUGAUGCUUUUGAAAAAUGUAAUCUGAAUUCCUACAAAGACAAUCCUUCUAAGUGAAGCACAUAAUGCAGACAAUAAAUAAUCAAGGGAAUUCAAUAAAUAACUCAAUAAAAUCGGUAGAUGUCUUGAAUCUAAAGAAGAAGAAAAAAAAAGGGAACUGAUAGAGUAGAUGGAGUAUUUUUCUAUGGAUUCAGUCACACAAGUAAAUUUUAUUCGAAUUGUUUCGCGCAUACUGUAUAGACUAUAGGCAAUCUCUAUUAAAAUGUUUGCACACAUUAGUAUUAUAUCCUAUAUAAUAUGUAAACGUGCAUUUAUUUUCAUGCAGAAAUGGUGUAUAUACAUAUCCUAAAUAAAUUCACAAAGAUCUGAUGACGAAUAUAUUGUUGUUGCAAGGAAUUUCACCAUUUCUAUAUCGAAAUGUUAUGCAUAAUAUAUUAUACAUGCUGAUACAGGGAAUAUCACAAGUUGCAGACCUCCUCUUGAUCAUAAUUCUGUCUUCUAGAUUUAAUCAAUUGUAUUGUACUUUUCAAUUAAUGUAAAGAUCCAAUAUUUUUUUUAAAGAUUAAGCGUGUGGAACUUCAAUUUCGAAAUAUAACAUUUUCCCAGAAAUUUCUUUGAUUACAAAAAUGAUGUUUGUGAUUCUUAUUUAUCUCUUAAACCUUAUACCUUAAUUUCUUAUAUAAUUUUGUCACUCUAUUGUCCCAAUAUAGUCUCAAGUUUCUUUUUAUGUAGUUUUAAUAGAGCUGCUUGAUAACGAGAGGAUUGUGAUGGGAGGUGUAAGUUUUGAUAUACCUUGUGUAUACAUAUAUCUAUGAAAACCCAAGACCUUGCGAAACUUCUGGUUACAUCUUAUAAGUAGAUUUACAGCAACUGUUCGGACCGUUCAAUUUAUUGUAGAUAGGAUGUUAAAUAAAUGAAUAAUAUUCCCGUUAAAAGA